CGGCAGCAGCAGCUGAUGAAGGCCACCAGCAGGAUGCAGGGCAAGAGGAACCAGGACGUGGGGGAGCUUUGCUUUGUGAAGAGGUCCGACGCCCAGCAGCCCUCGCUGCGGUACGUUCCGCUCAAGACCCUGCAGGCCGUCUUGACGGAGCGGGACUUGCUGAGCGACGAGGUUCAGAAGCUCCGCGACCAGCUGGCCAGGGAGCGAGCCAGGCAGGACUGCCAGGAGCUGGAGGAGCCUGGCAGCUGUCUGGACCCGGAGUCACAGGUGAAGGAAGCGGUCACCAAGCAACGGCGAGAGCUGGAGGAUCUCCAGUGGACCUGCCACCACGAAGCCAUGAGCGCCAGCCAGAUCGCAGCCCAGGUGCGCCAAGAGAUCAAGUGCAGGAAGAAGAAGCUUCUGCAGAAGGACUACGAGCUUCUGAAAGUGGCCUACAUCACCAGUCAGGAGAGGUUCGAGGCAGAGCUGCAGGCCGAGCUCAACAAGUGUGGGCUCCUGCAGCGGGAGCUGGGGAGCAGGUCGGGCGACCUGGAGGGCCAAGUCUCCACGAGUCUAGAAUCCCCGGACCAAGUGGAGGAUCCACUCCUGGGUCAGGAGGACGCGAGCUCAGACCUCUAUCAGGGGAGGGACCAACAGCUGCUGGGCAGCCUGCAGGCUGAGAAGGAGUCCAUCCAGCAGGUGCUGAUGGAAGAGGUGCUGCUGAUGAAGGCCCUGUCCAGAGAGAAGAACCAGCUGAAGGAGCUGAUCCAGUCCAGGGUCUGCGCCAUCUGUGAAGGAGGCGAGUGAAGGCCCUGAGGCUGCCGCGGUCCAGCUGACCCUGCCGCGAGAGACCCGAGCGAGUCGGAGAGCAGACCCGAGUCGCAGGGCAGACUCUGGGCAGCCAUGAGAACCAAAGGUGCUGAAGGCAGAUGUUUCACAAUAAACCGACGUCAG